AUGGCAUCCGCGGAGAAGGCUUUGCUGCAUGGUGUGGCCGGGGCGCCAAACGAAGAAGCAGGAUACACCAGGAUACACGAAAAUGGGCAUAGAAAGUACGGCGGUCCACCUCCCGACUGGGAAAGCCCGGCUCCUUUAAAGGGUUGCGAAAUUUUCGUUGGAAAGAUUCCAAGAGACUGUUACAAAGACGAACCUGUUCCAGUAUUUGAGAAGAUAGGGAAGAUUUACGAAAGGAGAUUCAUGGGCUUCUCUGGAUCCAAUAGAGGAUAUGGCUUCGUUAUGUACACUAAAAAAGCAGACGCGAAACAAGCGGUAAAGGAGCUUAACAACUUCGAAAUUCGUAAAGGCCGGCUCUUGGGUGUUCGGAAAUCCAUCGACAACUGUCGAUUGUUCGUUGGAGGUAUUCCAAAGAACAACAGAGAUGGAAUUUUGCUGGAGAUGAAAAAGGUAACAGAUGGUGUAACGGGUGUCUUUGUACCUUCAUCAGCCGUUGACAAAGCAAAGAACCGUGGAUUUGCGUUCGUGGAAUAUGAAUCGCAUCUGGCAGCCGCCAUGGUGAGAAGGAAGCUCAUUCCCGGCAGAAUUCAGUUAUGGGGCCAUCGGAUUGUAGUUGAUUGGGCUGAACCAGAACAAAAUGUUGAUGAAGACGUUAUGUCUACUAAGACAAAAUUAGAGAGCUGUGCAGUCAAGUUGUGGGAAGAGACAAUGCUGUGGAAAGAGUAAAGAAGAUAAGAGAUUAUGCAUUCAUUCAUUUUAGAGACAGAGAUGAUGCUAUUAUGGCCAUGACUAAACUUAAUGGUGAGAAAAAUUAUUUAUUUUGGAGUUGUGUUGAUUGGUUUUGGAUAAAUACAAAAUGCAUUAAUGGAAGUAUAUUUCUUCUAUCGGUAGGUGAAUGUAGUUUUUGUGUGCAUUUAUAGAGUGGGAUAUAUUUCCAUUCUGAUAGUUCUGUUUCUGAUAAUUAAAAGUUAAUUUUUAUUUGUCAGUCA